AUCCACCCUCUCGGCUUGUGCAACAAGAACGACUACGAUGACCUAUACAGCUUUGGAUGGGUGGGAGUGGUUAAACUGGAGCGGCCUGAGUUUCUCCAGUCAUGCAUGUCUGUCUUUGGGAAGGCCAAAAGAGCGAUACAGAGGGGGGCAACAGCUGUUGUCUUUGACAUUACGGAUAAUCCAGUAGCUGCGGAUUUUCUUCAACAAGAGGAAGACAGACUGACCAGGCCAAUCGUCAUCAUACAGGGUCCGGAGGCUGCCAAACUCAUGGGCAUAGUGGGCACACAGACCGAGGCUCGCAUCAGAAUCAUUUACAGUCCCCAGGACCAGACUGCUGGACAUGCCGAGGUCAACCAGAAGGAGUACUUUGGAAUGGGCAUCUUUGUUGCGGUGUUCCUGCUCUUCUGUGUCAUAUGUAUCAUGGUCAUGCUGAAGCUGAAGUGGAGGAAUAGAGCAGAGAGACAGCUAUCUAUUGGUAAUCUCACCAAACGAACUAUUGCAAAACUGAAGACAAGAAAGUACGAGACCCACAGCAAGAGAGGCAUGCACAGCUCCAUCUCCGACAGCUGCGCCAUCUGCCUGGAAGGCUUCAAGGAUGGCCAGAUUCUUCGGGUUCUUCCUUGUGACCAUGAGUUCCACUCCGUAUGUGUGGACCCCUGGCUGGAAGGUCACGGCACCUGCCCGUUGUGCAAGUCUCACAUUUCAGUUCCUGUCCGUGACAGUAGCAGCAGAGUCCAAGAUGCUGUAACUGUGGGCAGAGAAUGUGGCUCACGGCACCGACCACACAGCCAGCGGCAGGCAGCUUCCAGAUACUCUGUAUAUACCCACAGUGCGGCUGCUCCAAGACGCAGUUACUUGCCACAUAGUUUAUCUGCUGCCGAUUAUAGGCCACUCCAUUUUGCUCCGUCGGGUAGAGCAGUGCAAUAUAUUCACACAUGUCCUUCAUGUAGAGGAACUCUGGGUUCAGCAGCGUCCUCCAGCUCAUCAUAUUUUGGGUCAAGAUCUGAGACAGAGAAAUCAUGUGACACUGAAAUAUCAUGUGAUCCAGGGAGAUCACAUGAUUCAGGCAGGUUGUAUGAUCAGGGGAGAUCACCAGGGAGAUUGUUUGACCAGGGGACAUCACCACAAAGAUCGAAUGAUCAGGGGAGAUCAUCAGGAAGAUUGUAUGAUCAGGGGAGAUCACGCAAUUCAGAGAGAUUGUAUGAUCGAGUGGGAUUAUGUGAUAAGGGGAGUUUACCAGGAGGAUUGUAUGACCAGGGGAGAUCACACGAACCCAGGUUAGAGUUAAUUUCUUUGGAUGCUGUAGCACGCUGCAGUCAUAUUUUGGAAUACUCAGACCAUAAUAAGAAAGCUACAUCAACGCCUUCUUUUACGUUCCUGCCUCCGUUUACCUCUUCGCCCUACCUCAAUUUAACUUCUUCACAUACUCAGGUAUUUCCUUCCGAACCGGUUGCUUGUCCGGGCAUUUGCUCACAUCACCUUCAUUCAUCAUCGUCGUCAUCAUCAACAUCCGUGAGCGGACACCAGUCGGCAUAUCUUUACAUUCCAUUCUCCGAUCUCCUGCGGCAUCAGGUCAGAGCUGCAAGCACUGCCGCGACGUGUGGCUCGUCUUCUUCAGACACAAAUCCAAAUGACAUGUUGGAAAAUUGCCAAUGUUGUAAAAACUCAUGUUCCUUAGCGACUGUUGAUGGCAGCAAUAGGAGCACAUAUGGCAGUGCCCAAAACAGGGACUCUGUUGAAAUAAGCAGUUUCGAUUCCGCUGAUUAUUUCAGAAAAAGUUCCCUUAGUUCUAGUGAUGAGAAAAUAGGCAAUUACAAGGCAACCAGUUUUCAGGCAGCAUCU